AUGUCCAAGGCUUAUGACCGACUAGAAUGGAGCUUUGUAGAUGUUGUUCUUAAGGCCUUCGGUUUCGGGGAUCAUUUCAGGUGUCUCAUCAUGAAAUGUAUCUCUUCAGUUUCCUUCUCGGUUUUGCUAAAUGGUGGCCCUCUUAAGCAAUUCAAGCCCUCCCGCGGAUUAAGACAAGGCGACCCCCUUUCUCCGUUCUUGUUUGUUAUUGGAAGUGAAGUCCUAUCUCGGCUCUUAUUCCGUGCAGAGGCUAGUGGCCUCCUCCAUGGGUUCAAAGUCAGUCCUCGUAGCACUCCCAUCUCUCAUCUCAUGUACGCGGAUGACACCUUUUUGUUUUGUGAGGCUAAUAUAGAUGAGAUCAAUAUGGUUCAAGAUUGUCUAAGGAAAUACUCUGAAUGGUCAGGUCAGAAGAUUAAUGCUUCAAAAUCUGCUACGGUUUUUUCCAAGAAUACUUGUUCGGAGGUCAAAGUUAUGAUCAAUAAUUUACUGGGAUUUAGACCCCUUUCGGAGGCGGACAAAUUUCUUGGGAACCCGAUUUCCUUUUCUAAGAGUGCUACCCGUGACUUCAGUUUUGUGGUGGAUAGAGUUAAAGCGCGCCUAGAAGGGUGGAGAAGCAAGUUGUUAUCCCAAGCCGGGAGAACCACCCUAAUCCAAUCGGUUGUUGCUAGCAUUCCGGUGUAUACUAUGUCCACCUUCCUCCUUCCUCUGACGGUCUGCGAUGAAUUGGAUAAGGUGGUAAGGAAAUUUUGGUGGAUUGAAGGGUCUGAUAAAACCCGCUUCUUGACCCUUACCAGCUGGGAUUCCAUCUGCAAGCCGAAAAUGCAUGGGGGCUUGGGUAUCAAGAAGUUCUCGGACCUUAAUAUGGCGUUGAUCUCGAAGCUCGGCUGGACCCUAGCAAGUGGGGAAGAGAAGCCGUGGUGUAGCUUAUUUUUGGCUAAAUAUGGUAAACGUAAUGACUCCUUUUGGAGUGUCAAGCUCCCUGAGGCGGCCUCCAAAGUUGCUCGUGGUAUUCUUACCUCGAGAGAUUUUAUUCGGGGUGAAUCGUGUUGGCUUAUCGCUAAUGGAAAUAUGACGGAUAUAUGGCAUUCACCUUGGAUACCUUGGCUUAGCUGGAAUGAGUAUAUAGCUGCCUUCAAUCCAAGAAUUCAAGAGCCGAGAGUUAAGUUGAUGAGCAACUUCAUCAAUGAGAGGGGGGAAUUGAUGAUCGAGUCUCUUGCCGAUUGGUUCAAUCCUCGGGUGGGGAAUCAGCUUGGGCGUGUGGAGCUUCUCUCUAAUGGUGACAAGGAUAAGCUCAUUUGGCGAGACUCUAUUGAUGGGUCCUUCUCGGUUAGACAAGCUUAUCUUUCUCUAAUUAAACCCCGCUUGGGGAUGUGUUCUAAUGUUUGGAAGGAGAUCUGGAAGGCUCCCGUUCAUGAACGUGUUAAGUUGUUUCCGUGGAAAGUUUGUAAGGACAUUCUCCCUUGUGGCUCGCGUCUUCGAACAGUUUUUGGCAACGAUUCGCAUUGCGUUCUGUGUAGUGAUGGGGAAGACUCCAUCCUUCAUCUUUUUUUCCAUUGUCCGUUUGCUAGAGCCUGCUGGUUUAGCAGCCCUUUUGGAAUUCGCAGUGAGCGGUUGGUUUUUGGUAAUUUGCUGGAACUAGUCAAUUGGAUCAUCCAUACGCCCCCAAAUGCACCUCCUUGCUCCUCUGGUGGCCCUUCCUUUCCUCAGUUUGCAGCCUACUUGUGUUACUCUUUGUGGAAUGCUAGAAAUAAAGUGUUUCAUAGCGGUUCUCCGCUGAGACCACAGGAUGUUCUAUCCAACAGUUUGAAAAUGGUGAAUGACUUUAUUGCUAGCAAGUUGAGGAUCUCUAUGGAAAGAUUGGAGGUGCUUGAUCCUCCCUGCCAACCGCAGCUGGCGCCGAAGGACUUUAAUUUCUUCUCUGAUGCAGCAGUCCGUGGCAAUUGGGCGUUUGUGGCUGUUGUUGUGUUCAACAAGGAAGGCGCCUUUGUGGAAGCUCUCACAGCCAAGGUGUCGGUCUCCUCUGCUCUUCAUGCCGAGAGCCUAGCUCUUUGCCAUGCUUUUUCCUUGUGUCUAAAGUUGAAUUGCAAGGAUGCUAACUUCUAUACUGACUGCCUUCAACUUGCUACUGCUGUUACGAAUUUUACUAUUCCUGUGUGGAACAUCUCUAAUAUUUUUAUGCAUUUAUUUUCUUACCUGAAAAUGAACUCUGGUUUAGGUGUUUUCUGGUUGCCUCGUGUUGCCAAUUCGGUGGCUCACAAGCUUGCAGCUUGGGCUGCUGUGAACAAUGUCUCUCGGGUCUGUACUGAAGGGGAAGUAGCAACCCUUGUUGCUACUGGUUUGUAG